UCUGACAGACGCUUCUAAACCAAACAUUGCGCCCAACCACCGGCUAAGAUCAAAUUUCUGCGGAACUGUCGGAAUUAAUCAAGCGCCCACAGGAUUUAGAUGUUAUCGUCUGCAUCAAAAGGAGGGCAUAUCAGUUUGACAUGAAAAUACUUCUUUCUUAUAUUGCAACGUUCAUAUCGUUGUUACUGACAAAAAAUUCAAACUCAAAGACGAUGCAUGGAAGUAUAUUUUUGAAAGACAUGUGUACAUAUAUACUGGAAAUACAGUGACAAAUAUCUUGUUGAACAUUUACAGAGAUUUUCAAGAAUUGUUGAGAAAACUAAAUAUUCGAGGAAAGAACAAAACCGGUAGUUGAAUGUUUAUAGAACAUAGAAAUAGUGUUGAAUUAAUGCCGUAAAGUAGUUUUGAACAAACAAAGUGUUGGUAUCUCUUAAGAGUUAGAAAGGAAUGACCAUAUAAAUGUCCGACAUGAUUUUUGGACAAGAACGAUUCAUUGCGCAGGCGUACUCGGACAUGACGGAGUUCUAUCAAGUGCAUUUCCGACCGGGAAACGGGCCGACACUGGGACCGUUUGGAGAUAUACCGCCGAUGUUACAUGAACAACCUACGCCGACGACUGUCGGGAGUCCUAACCCGGCGAUGCUGCCGUCGUUUGGAUUCACACAAGAGCAGGUAGCAUGUGUUUGUGAAGUUUUACAGCAAGGUGGAAAUAUUGACAGACUGGCACGAUUCUUGUGGUCACUUCCGGCUUGUGAACAUUUACAUAAAAAUGAAAGUGUGUUGAAAGCAAAAGCAGUCGUUGCUUUUCACCGCGGAAACUUUAAGGAAUUGUAUAAAAUUUUGGAAAGUAAUAAUUUUUCACCACACAGCCAUCCGAAAUUGCAAGCUUUGUGGUUAAAAGCUCAUUAUAUAGAAGCUGAAAAGUUGCGAGGUCGACCACUUGGUGCCGUCGGCAAGUACCGUGUCCGACGAAAGUUUCCUUUACCGAGAACAAUUUGGGAUGGAGAAGAAACGAGCUAUUGUUUCAAAGAAAAAUCACGAACUGUUUUACGGGAGUGGUAUGCACAUAACCCUUAUCCGUCCCCGAGAGAAAAACGGGAAUUAUCUGAAGGCACCGGAUUGACGACGACACAGGUUAGCAACUGGUUUAAGAACCGACGACAGAGAGACCGAGCGGCAGAAGCAAAGGACAGAGAAGGGAUAGACAAAGGUCACCAUGGCUUGAAUCUUAGCUCUCCUAUGUCAAGUGAGAAGAGCGGAGAUAGUAACGAUGGUAUGAAUGGUGAAAUAAAACAAGAGCCCGACCUUCAGUCACCGCAAUCUGUUUAUACUGACCUUCAGAAAGCACUUCCGGGUGGGACAAUCAUGCCGGGCAUUGAUAUGCAAAAUAGCAAUAACACCCAUAAUUCCCAUCCACAACAUCCGGUUGUAUCAAUGAACAAUGGUUCCUCGCAUCAGCAUCAUGGACACGAUAUGGGACAAAUUUUACAGGAGUACCAGACAUUAUGAGAUUAUUAAUAUUUUUACGAUGGUGACCGAAUGUUACCAAACGCUCUGAGAAGAUUUAAUACCAAAGAUUAUGAUGUGAUGAAAUGCGUUUGACUGAACUGAGUGCAAGGUAAACUUGGAUUUCGUCUCCAUGGUUUCUAACACUUGACGAGUGCCAUAUCCAUAGAAGAUGACUUCAUCAAAUUGUUUGAUGUCAUCAAAGUUUAAGGACAAUCAGAUUUCGCGCGCUGCCAUGACCAUAUCUAUUUAUAUCUAAGGAACGUUUUUGACCUCGUGACGCUAGAUUAGUGCUUUUCCCCCUUUUUACGUCUUCUUGUCCUUAUUAUUCACAUUUGCGAAGAAUUCCAGAGAUAGAUCUGUGCCAUAUCCAUUAGACAUCACUGUAAAACUCAUUACAGAAUGAGUGUUCAUGAGAAAUUUGUCUUGUGGUUCCAUUCGUGCCACUGGUGGCAAUACUGAGACAAAAGACUUACUGUGCUCAGUGAUUUGUCAUUCAUGGAUUAUAAAGAGACAGAGUUAGAGCCAAACAGGUAAAACAUUGUCUAACAGAGGUUUUGAGAUUCCAAUAACAAAUGCAGAUUUCACGGGAUUUCUAAUACCUCAAACAGUAUCAUUUUUGACAUUUGUAGUUUCUUAAAAUCAAGAUAAUAAUGGAGAUUUUUUUUAAAGAAAUCUUUAAAUAUCAAUUAAAAGAGCAUCUUAUGUUCGCAGUUAAUUACUAAAUUAACCCUCGAUUCGUCUGAUUACACAGAAUUUUAAUAUUAAAAAUAUGAAUUUUAAAAAUAUACGCACUGAAGCCGGUCAAUACUUGACAAAAAUCAGAAGUCUAAAUUUCACUUAAUUAGGCUUUAUGUAAAACCAAUUGUUAUUUUGUUUACACCAAGAGUACAGAACUAAUUCAUUUGACAGCAGUAUUGAUGUUAUAUUGUGGGUAAUUUUGUUGCAUGUUAAAAGACAUUUUAUUUGUAAGAAUGUGUUUUCUAGGCUGUGUGAGUUUUCGGGUUUUACGAGUAGCAAAUUCAUAGCUUUAAUGAUAUACACAUUUAAUUUUACUGUACCAGUUUGCUAUAAAGUUUUUCUACCUCUUGUCAAAAAAAGUUUUACCAUGAAAAGAAUGAAAUGUAAUUUUAUCAGAUCAGAAAAUGUAGUCCUUUAAGGUAUGAAUUCCUUUGGACUGGUGUUUCUAUACAACAUAUCAAAUGAUCAGAAUAGCACCAUUUAUAUUCAACAUUGCAAAAUGAUCAAACUUGUAUUAGAAUAAGUUGAUAGCAAAUGGGUACAGAAGCUUUUUAUGUUACCGGUCAUUUUGAAUGGCCAGGAAACUUGCAUUGCACGAUGACCGAUUUAGAAUGACAAAAUAGUUCAUACAUAGAUUAUUCUAAAUUAUGACAUCUUUACAUAUGAAUAAAAUUUGUUAUGUU